AUGGCAUAUGUAUUGUCCCUUCGGCCGCACAGCCCGCUCAAGCGUUCCUUCAGCGACAAUCCGUACCUCAAUGCCUACUCGCCCCCCAAGGAUGCACUGCUCGCACCACUGAGCGACAUCACGAUUCGCAAUGGCUCCGCCUGCUCGUUGUAUACGCUCGGCGCAAAUCGAACUGGAGACUGGACCCGCAGCACCGAAAACAUGGCGCCCCUCACUUCUCAGUCGCUGCUCGACCUCGUCCCUGACAAGACUGGCUUUCCCUUUAGCACCAGGCACCUCGUUGAAGAACCGCGCAAGCGAAACUGCGGCCCCGACCGACCUCCACCGUCCUUUUCUCGGACAGCAGUACCGUCCUACCCAUAUGCGCGAGACUACCACAAACCACAGCAUGCCUCGGCGCCUUCCUACGACAGCGAAAGCCUGCGAGAAUCCAUGGACGUUGAUGAACACCAUUUCGAUGAGAACCAGUUUUUCAACCUUUACGAAGCCAUAGAUGUACCCCUGCCAAUAGUUCGCUUUUCUGAUAACACUAGUGGUGAAUCACACGAGGUUGAUCAGCUAGUGCCUGUCGCGGUUGCUGUUCCUUCGCAGCCGUUUCGGCGGUGGAUGAGUACCUUGAAACGUCGACAUGCCCAGCGCUGGAAGGAUGAUCUGCACAACGUACCUCGUUUGUCAUUCGAUACUACUGAUGGCAUCUCUGUUCUCUCUCCUCCAGCCAGACGGACGUCAGUGUCCAUGUGCAGGACCUCGGACUCCAUGUCGUCUUCGAUGGAUUACGUAACCGCGAUAAAGACCGGUUCCAUGACGGUUGGGAGCGCAAGCAUUGCACCGCGGUCAGAAAUUGGUCUGCAUGGCAGGACCCGCGUAUGUAACAGAAGCAGCAACUAUUCGGAUGUCCGCCGAUCACUCGAGAGCCAUUGUGGUGCGUUGGGGCCUGUACUUGACGAGAACGCAUGGCUUCGAUCACUACAGCGCCGCAAGGUCGUAGAGGAACUGAUUUCCUCAGAAGAGAGCUACAUUGCCGACCUCAAAGUUCUCAUCAACGACUAUUUUAUGGUCCUUACGGCUCUUCCGACUCUAUCAGGAAACACAAAGUCAUCCAUACAGCAAAACAUCUCACAGAUUCUACAACUCCACGAAGACCUGCUUGCGGAUCUUCACGAAGCUGUACCUCAGGCCGAUUUUACCAAGAGCGCAGAUCAAGAGAGUUACCCAGUGACAAAAGCCAAGCACAUCCGCUUCCACAGUGCCGAUAUCGUACCCGGACGCUUUGCCGAACACAGAGCCGCGAGAAGGCUUAGACAUUCUCUGGAGAUUGGGCGAUCGCCAGAUCGCAGACCAAACGGCUUGGUGACCGAUACCGAGACGGCCGGAGACAUUGCCAAGAUAUUCAACAAGCACAUGAAGCGUUUCUUCACUUAUGAAGAAUAUGGUGCCCAUUGGACAACAAUGUCACAGGAUUUGACUACAAUGUGCAAGGGGCUGCAUGGCUGGCAAGAGUACGAGCGAGGUGUAGAAGCUUUACAAAAGGUAGUAGCUUCAGAGAAUAAUCGCGAGGCGGGUAGCAGGAAAGCACUCAGCUUUCCCGACCUCUUGAUCAAACCCAUCCAGAGGGUCUGCAAGUACCCCCUACUUUUUGAUGAUCUUUGCCGUCACACCCCCGUCUACGAUGAUCCGGAAGCGCACGCUGAGCUUGAGAAGGCCCUUUUUCGCCUGCAAGAGACUAUUCGAGAGGUCAACAAAGCAAAAGACGAUCCCCAAACACGACGAUUGAUUGAGAUCACAUGGCAGCUACAAGAUCGACUAGCAUUUCAAGAACAGAAGAUAUCGAAAGCUCUCGUCUUUCGACUGCUUGGGCAUGUGCUUUUAUGCGGUGCACUCCACGUGGCAUACCAGACACCUGAUCGCAUUAAGGGUUCGUACUUGGUCCGGUUUCAUUCGCCUUACACCGUAGUCGCCUCGAUUGGGCUCGCCAAUGCUAGCAUCGAAGAGUCUAACAAUGGCCGGGGUAUCCAGUGCCACACUGCACCGCACACGUGGAAAUUCGUCUUUGAACAUGGGCAUCGGUUACAUGAACUCAUCUUCAGUGCCUGCAGCUCGCAGGAAGAGGAGGUGUGGAAGACACAACUACGCGAACGUAUUGUUUAUGAAACACACGACUUCGUCGAAGGCCAACCUACCAUGCAGGACAUGUAUACAUCGAUAUCUCUAGAUCUCAAGUCUCUUGGUCCUGUCUUUGGCCACGCGAACAGUCUAGUGCGACGCAUGUCAGUUCAUCGAGCGGCGACGCUGGGUUCGAAAUCGAACAUGAGCCAGGUGAUUAUCAAAAACACACAGUCACAGAAGUUGCCAGAUGUGCCUCCCACAUUCUCCCCCAGCAUGAUUACCCGAUCGCAAUCGCAUCUCUCCACGAAUCACGUCCCUACGCUGGCUCCUCGGCGCGCAGAGCGCAUUCGCCUUGAGAGUCAGUUGGAAGACGUAUGGACAAAGGACCUCCUGCCAUUUCCCGGCAUGUCAAACCGCAGAAUGGAGAAUCAAAUCAGAGCCUCGGCAAAUUCAGUGAUGCGGAAGCUGAGCAUGGCAAGCAUCGCCAGCAACUUUUCUCGUCGGUCCCCUAGCCUUUCGAACACGAGUCACUCACGAUCAGAAGAUUCUUCUGGUAGCCGCGUUCACAAGGUGUCUCAGAGAAACCUACGAGCUCAAUCGGCGACCGACCGAAGGCCAGCACCAGCAGUCGUGGACUUUCACACCGCACCAGCCGCAUUUUUGCCAACCGACUUCGAGGUAGAGGACCCAAGACCCUCAAGCAGACGCCGACGUCUCGCCAACCGUGCGAUAGGUUCAGAACAUUCAAACGAUAAACCUGCACCCAAGCCGAAGAAGACUCGUCGUCUUUCUACACAUAUCAUCAACCUCCCACGAUCUGAGUCGAGUAAUCGAGUAGCAAAGAGGAGUAUCUCCCAUGGAUCAACAGCAUCUGCUUUGCACGCGCCAACUCCCUGUGUGGGUGUAAGAAGGAGUGCGGAGAACAGGAGGGUGAAGCGGGAAGAAAAGAAGGACCGCGAGCCGAGGCCUGAGAUGACACCAAUUACACCCUCGAAAAAGUUCUUUAAGAGCAAAAGCCGGAUUUUUAAUUUCUUUAGAUGA